AUGACGGACCAAACCGAGGAACAAACGACAACAGUUGCCGCCGGAGAAGAUUCCGAUAUCACCGUCAAACAGGCGAAGCCGACACUCGAUGAGACAGUGAAGAAGCUGGAAAAGAUGAGCUUCAGCAUUUGGCCGCCAACGCAACGCACUCGCGACGCCGUCAUCAAGCGUCUCAUCGAGACACUUUCCGACAAAUCUGUCCUCUCCGAUCGUUAUGGAACAGUACCUGCUGAUGAGGCCGCCGAUGUCGCCAGUCGCAUCGAGGAGGACGCCUUUAAUGCCGCCUCUGCCUCACCUGUCGCUGCUAACGACGACGGAAUCGAGAUCCUUCAAUGUUACUCGAAAGAGAUCAGUAAGCGAAUGCUUGACACCGUUAAGAUGGAGAAAGCUCGACCGUGGAAGCCUAAUCUUAGAGCUGUUGCAAACGAUCUAAAAUAUCGAUGCGUAUGUUCAUUUGACUUUUAUGGAUUUCUGUCUUAA